ACUUCAGCACAACAACAAAGGCUCUUUGUUGCCACCUCUCAAAGCCCAAGUGCCUCAUUUGCGCUCUGUGCUGUCAUUUAGAAAACCCGGAGUUAUUUUGAGCCCUGAAUUGUCCCUGGUGCUGUCAGCAGGGCCACGCUCACAAAACGUGCACAACUUUCAGGUCACCCUGUGCUGGCCUGGAGCUGCCAGCAUUCCCUUGGAACCUGUCAUUCCCUCUGCACAUCCUGCUGCUCUUGGCUCCCAGGCAAUUGUGGGGAUUCAGAGAAGCCACAGGAGUGAGAGAUGAUUACAGGAAUCCCAUGGGAGGGGAGCUGGGAAGGUGACUGCACGCCCCACAACAUUUUUGUCAUCUCACUGGUGUUCAAAAGUGGAGCUUGAGGAAGAAAAUGUUGGGGGUUCAAAGCUGCUGGAUGUAAAUGUCAGUAGUUUUUCUUCUCAGUUCUGGAUUGCUCUCACACUGGAGCUGCAAACAGCAUUUUUUGCCUCUAAGAAGUCCAAGAAGGGAGCAUGGACCAGCCCAGUGGAAGGAGUUUCAUGCAAGUUCUGUGUGAGAAAUACAGCCCUGAGAACUUCCCCUACCGCCGGGGGCCUGGCAUGGGGGUGCACGUCCCAGCCACCCCACAGGGCUCCCCUAUGAAAGACCGCCUGAACCUGCCCAGUGUGCUGGUGCUCAACAGCUGUGGCAUCACCUGUGCCGGCGACGAGAACGAGAUCGCCGCCUUCUGCGCCCACGUCUUCGAGCUCGACCUCUCUGACAACAAACUGGAAGACUGGCACGAGGUCAGUAAAAUUGUGUCCAACGUUCCCCACUUGGAGUUUCUAAACCUGAGUUCCAACCCUCUCAGUUUGUCCGUUCUAGAGAGAAGUUGCGCUGGGUCUUUCGCUGGCGUCCGCAAACUUGUGCUCAACAACAGCAAAGCCUCCUGGGAAACAGUGCACACCAUCCUGCAGGAAUUGCCUGACUUGGAGGAACUCUUCCUGUGCCUUAAUGACUACGAAACAGUGUCUUGUUCUCCAGUUUGCUGUCAGUCUCUCAAGCUCCUCCACAUAACUGACAACAAUCUUCAAGACUGGACUGAAAUUCGAAAGUUGGGAAUUAUGUUUCCAUCCCUGGACACACUUAUCCUGGCUAACAACAACCUCACCACCAUUGAAGAGUCAGAAGAUUCCCUGGCAAGGCUCUUCCCCAACCUAAGAUCCAUCAACUUGCACAAGUCAGGUCUGCAUUGCUGGGAAGACAUUGACAAGUUAAAUUCUUUCCCGAAGCUCGAGGAAGUGAAAUUGCUGGGAAUUCCUCUGCUGCAGUCUUACACCACCGAGGAACGCAGGAAGCUGCUAAUAGCCAGGUUGCCAUCCAUCACCAAGCUCAACGGCAGCAUCGUGGCCGACGGCGAGCGCGAGGACUCGGAGCGAUUCUUCAUCCGCUACUACAUGGAGUUCCCUGAGGAGGAGGUUCCCUUCAGGUAUCACGAGCUGGUGACCAAGUACGGGAAGCUGGAGCCCUUGGCAGUGGUGGAUCUGCGGCCUCAGAGCAGCGCCAAGGUGGAGGUUCACUUCCAGGACAAGGUGGAGGAGAUGUCCAUCCGCCUCGACCAGACUGUGGCAGAGCUGAAGAAGCACUUAAAAACUGUGGUGCAGCUGUCAACAAGCAACAUGCUGCUCUUCUACUUGGACCAGGAAGCUCCUUUUGGUCCCGAGGAGAUGAAAUACAGCUCGCGGGCGCUGCAUUCCUACGGCAUCCGGGAUGGGGAUAAAAUUUACGUGGAGCCGAGAAUGAAAUAGCCUUUUUGCCCACACCCACACGCCCCCACACACCCACACACAUGCAUUGAGGAGUUUGUUGCAAGGUUUUUAUUUCGGUUGGUUGGUUGAGGUUUGGUUGUGUUUCUGUAGCAGGUAAUUUCUUAGCCCGGAGGAAGUGCCCUGAUGUGAGAACCAUGCCCACCAUCCACUGCAGGUGACCUUGAGGUGACAGUUGACUUCAGGACGUGUGUUUCAGUGUGGGCAAUACCUUGAUGUUUCCUUUGAUGCUCCGGUAUACUCGUGAUUUGGCAUGAAUGGUCAGUUGUUCAAGCUAAACAAUGCCAGGGUCCAUAAGGGAGGAGACAGCUCGGUGCAGAUUUUGACCUGUUGUUUUCUUUUCCUAAAUUUUUUGGUGUUUUGCUCCACCAGAUCUCCCUUUGGCCUAGCUAUCCAACUGUGGCUCGAGCUUGCUGUAGUAUUUUCUUGCAGCUUGGUGCUGUCUCAACCUUUUGUUGUGCUCGAGUUCACAGGAAAGAUCUCCAUCAGUAUUCUGCUUGAUUCAGAGCUCAGGUACUUUAGUGCAUCCACUUCACUCCACUGGUUUUCUUUCUGUGAGUGCACAACAUGGGGGAAAGAAAAAGAACUUCCCAGAAAGAAACUUUCUUUUCAAAGUGCACGCUCUAUAUCCACCUGAAUUUGGAGGGAAAAAAGAGGUUUUGGCUGCUGUACCCAUCUCACACGGUGCCUGCAGCCUGUGGGGAUAAAGGAUGUAUUGGAAAGUGAAUUUUGGGAGGUGGUGGAUGAGCGCUGCAUUGGAAGGGCUUUUUGAACAACAGGUCAACAAGGGGUUAAAGAGCAGCUUCCCCUGUUGUCCAUCCUGAUGCUGAAGAGAUCCUCCAUGCACUUCACCUUGUACCAGUGGGUGCUGUAAGUGGAAUGGCUAAAAUCCCUCUCCUGGGAGAGAGGAAGAGUCAAGUUGAAGUUUGUGUUUGUUGCUGUUGCACCAGUUCAAACCUAGCACUUUGCCCGGGGCCCCUGCCCGGGGGUCCCUGCGUAGGGUCCGGACUCGGAGGAGGUGUUGGCUUGGAUCAGCCUCUGGAGGUGGAGGAACAAAGCAGCUGGACCCAUGCUGGGUGUUC